AUGUUGCUGUUGAUCCUCCUUGCACUCGUCGAGCGCGCGCUCGGUGGCUGCGCGUAUGCAGACUUGAACUUGCCUGCAAAUGCGUCCAUUGUUGUCGCCGACAGCUCGUGCACCAGCGCGGAGCCUGUCUGCGCCGUUCGACCCAACUGCUCCUACAACGGCUUUUACUCGACCAGGUGGAAGAGCUUCGUGCAAUUGGAAGCGAUUGGCGACCUCAGCAACUACACGCAACCCAGCCUCUCGGUCGCCGACUCAUCGCUUCUCGAGCUCGCCAAGAUGAAGCUGCCAUCGACGUUGACCAACUUGACGCUCACCAACAUUACGGCGAGAAUCGACCUCGGAGCAAUUGCAGCGACGCAGUGGAGCUCGCUCCAGAGCCUAACGUUCCACUUGUCGAACAUCGAGAUGAACAACGGCAUCAAUUGGCCGCCAUCGCUUCGAUUUGUCGUGUUCAAAGAUACCGACUUGGUCAACAUCCCCCAAGGCUUGCCGUCAACGGUCGAGUCCUUGGCUAUAGAGGACAACAAGCUCGUGGACCUCACGUACCUUCCAGACAACCUCACGUUUUUAAACCUUACCGGGAAUUUUCUUGCGUCGAUCACCGACCGCGACUGGAGAGCGCUCACGUUUUUGCGUCUCUCACGCAACAAGAAACUGCAGUCCAUUACCCGAGUCCAGCUCUCGACAACCAAGCUGGAAUAUUUCGACAUGAGAGACUGCCCCCAAUUGACGAACAUUACGAUCGACGCAAGCACGUUUGCGGCGCUCGAAGCACUCCCCAACGCCGGCGACGCAGACCAGGACUCCGUCUACCGAGGUUUCGCUGUCAACAAACACAUCUCGACGGAUGCCGCCAACUGUUCGGCCGUGAACGGCACGAUCCAGCGGCUUUGGAAGUUCACAAGCAAGUACAUUGUCGACGUCUGCGUGCUGCCGGUGGCCCCAUCGCUGCCGGCUCCAUCGACAACGAACACGGGCCUCAUCAUCGGUGUCGUCGUCGGCGGUCUCGUCGUUCUCGGUGCCAUCAUCGCCUUCGUCAUUUGGAAGCGCCGCAAUGUCAACAACGGCCGCGCGAUUGGCAGAAAUGGCACCAACGGCGCGGGGGGAGAUACCACUGGCACGCACCGGACGGUCAUCAACCCUGACGUCGACGUCAUCUUGGACGUCAAGCCACUCCUUCACCACCGACUCGAACUCUCUGACCUCUACGUAACCUCCGACAAACCCCUCGCUUCGGGUGCGUUUGGCGAAGUCUGGCUCGGCUCGUACGGCGGCAAGCGAGUGGCCAUCAAGCGCAUGAAGAACCAAGACGCUCGCAUGGCCCAGAAGUUCAUUGACGAAAUCGUCCUCAUGUCCCAGAUGAGCAGCGACUACAUUGUCAAGUUUGUCGGCGCCAGCUGGACCCGCCCGAUCGAGAUCGAGUGCGUCGUCGAGUACAUGGACCUCGGUGACCUUCGCAGCUACCUCGUGAACCAGUCGCCGGCGCAGUUUAGCUGGGACCAAAAACUCAACUGCAUUCUCAGUAUUGCCUGUGGUCUCGUCUACCUCCACACGUACAAGCCGCCGAUCAUCCACCGCGACCUCAAGUCGCGCCACGUCCUCCUCGACUCGGUCAAGGGCACCAAGCUCACCGACUUUGGCGAGUCGCGCGUCGCCGAAGAAGACGAUCUCAUGACCAACGGCAUCGGCACGUACCAGUGGAUGGCACCAGAAGUGAUCUCUGCGACCAACUAUGGCGCGCCGGCUGACGUUUACUCGUUUGGCAUCAUCUUGUCCGAGUUUGCGACGCACCAAGUGCCGUACGCCGACAAGCGCCACCCGACGACAGGCAAGGCGCUGCCGCAGCACUACGUCCUCCAGGAAGUUCGCGAGGGUCGUCUCCAGCCGACGCUGAACGGUCCGAGUGUGCCGUCGUGGGUCCAGGACAUUGCGAAACAGUGUCUCCAGCUGCACGAAGAGGAUCGUCCGACGUCGCUCGAGCUUGCGUCGAUGCUCAACAAGUGCCGCGUCUGA